UAGUUGAUUUUUGUACGCCGUGGGAGAGACAUGUAUUUGCCGUUACGGCUAAUUGGCCAAUUCGUGUGCGCGAUUUUCUGCGCUAAAUAAUAACAAUAAAAAAAAAAAACAAACAAAAUAAUAAUAAAUAAAUGUACGUCAAACAAAAAAUUCAUUCUAUAUUAUUCUGUGGAAUUUUAAUACAAAAGCAAACAAAUUUUACAUAUAACAACAAAGUAUUGUUUUUGGUUUUUAAAAGAUUAAAAAAAUUCAAAAGAUAAGCAAGAAAUUGUUAAACCAGAAAUAAAUUGUGAUAUUAAAAAUCCAAAAUAAAAUAAAAUUAAAGAAAAUAAAAAACUAGUUUCCAAAUAACAAUAGUGUUCAUUAAUAUAGCAAAGAGAAUAACAACAACAUAAACAAGAAAUACUCCAUAUUUUGGCGUUAAACUCCUCUACAAUCAUCAACCACCAUCAUGGCUUCUUUGCAACAGAAGCGGCCUUCAAUAUCAAAUUGGUUUAGCUCUCUUAGACGGCAACCAAAAAACAAGAAAUCUUCCAAUUCGCUCUACGAUGUGGAUAAACAAUAUCAACGUAGUUGUAUAGAUUUGCCCUCCAGUACAUUCUAUGUGAAUCAAAAACCAUAUAGCCCCGCGCCCGGCACCUCGACCGACAAUUUAAUUGACAAUGAGCGUAAAUCGCGAACGGCAUCCAUUUGUGCCCGAUGCUGUUGUGCCAUCACACCGAAAUCACGUUCCCAUACCCCGCCACUUUCGCCCAAUACGGUUACCAGCAGUAGCAGCAGCAGUAAUGAUACCAGUGCCACCAUAACACCGGAUUCCACAACGCCAACUACCUGCUCGCCACCAAGAUCUCCCUCGAUUAAUCCCUAUGCCAGCAUAGCUUCAUAUAGAACACCCUGCGAUGCAACAACACCUACUACGCCCACCUCGACGACGACGUUCAAAGAACCUCCCUCACCCUAUGAUAAUGUGGUCACACCUCCAGCGAUUCCCUGUAGUACUUUUGAAACGCAGCAGAGGCAAAAUGUGGAAAUUGUGCGUCUUGAGUCGACAGGCUCUUCGACAAAAUCGUAUCAUGCCGCCUCCUGUCCCUCAUCAGCGCCCUGCACCCCAAAGUCACCACUAUCACAGUGCAACAGUCCUCCCAUCCUAACGCAUAAAACCGAAUUUUUACGUUCCACUACCAUUACCUCAACCCGCACCAUUAUGGUAUCCCGCCCCGUUGAAUUGAUUAUCAGUGCCAAAGGUGAACUGAUAUCGGCCAAAGCAAAAGCCAUUGAAAAAUCAGCACGUUCCAGUAGUUUAGGGUGUGUUUUGGACGAUCCAGUGGAACAUAUUAUCCCCAUUUCCACACCCACAUCACCGUUAAGUGGGUCUACACCAUUGAUACUCGACUCUGCCAAUAAUGAAUUUAAAUUCAUUGAUGACUCGUCAACAUCACAAUCAGAAAACGAACGUAAUUCUCAGCAAAGUUCGACGGCCAUGGACGGCCAGCAGCAGCAGCAGCAGCAACAACAACAGCAAGCAGUUGAAACGCAACAGGAUAAGGAGAACUACUACUAUACACUGCCAUCGAAAUUCAAAAAAGUUUCACGUGAAUCGCAACGCUCCAUGAGCAUUUCCAAUGGCAUUGGCAAAUCGAGAAAUGUAAAGGCUGGCCUUUACUAUAACAAUAAUAUCGGGAGUUUAUGCGAUGACUGCCGGACUGUCAUCGAGCGAAAUCGCAAUAAUCGUGAUAUGCAUCAGCAGCCAAACAUGCUGUUGAGACAUAAGCAAAUCAAAGAUGAACUCUGUGAAGUGGUAUCCGAAAUGGAGGCACUCGAUGUGCCCGAAGAUUCUAAACAUUCCAAUAAAGAUAAACAAAUGUCUAUGGGACGCAAAAAGUUCAAUAUGGAUCCCAAGAAAGGUAUCGAACACUUGGUUGAACAUCGGCUACUACGACACGAUCCACAAGAUGUUGCACAUUUCCUUUACAAAGGUGAAGGUCUCAAUAAAACGGCAAUAGGUGAUUAUUUGGGAGAAAACAAUGACUUUAACAAGGAAGUUUUAAAAGCUUUUGUGGCACUGCACGAUUUUACAAAUUUAAUAUUGGUUCAAGCUUUAAGACAAUUUUUAUGGUCCUUUCGGCUGCCCGGUGAGGCGCAAAAAAUUGAUCGCAUGAUGGAAUGCUUUGCCCAGCGUUAUUGUCAACUAAACCCUGAUAUAUUCACAAAUACCGAUACCUGUUAUGUUUUAAGUUUUGCCAUCAUCAUGUUAAAUACAUCGUUACACAAUCCAUCGGUCAAAGACAAACCCACAGUUGAACAAUUCAUCUCAAUGAAUCGCGGUAUCAACAACGGCGGUGAUUUGCCACGAACCCUACUUGAAUCUCUAUACGAAUCCAUACGAACGGAACCGUUUAAAAUACCCCAAGAUGAUGGUAAUGAUUUAAUGCACACCUUCUUCAAUCCCGACAAAGAGGGUUGGCUGUGGAAACAGGGUGGCAGUAUGUUCUCCAGAUACAAAUCAUGGAAGAGGCGAUGGUUUAUAUUGAACGACAAUUGUUUAUAUUAUUUUGAAUAUACAACAGAUAAAGAACCCAGGGGGAUAAUACCAUUGGAAAAUAUAUGUGUUCGAGAAAUUCACGAUCGCAGCAAACCCAACUGCUUUGAACUCUUUGCUACUGGUGGAGCAGAAAUUAUUAAAGCAUGUAAGACUGAUUCGGAAGGCAAGGUUGUUGAAGGCAAGCAUAGCGUUUAUCGCAUGUCUGCUGCCACCGAGGAAGAUCAACAGGAAUGGAUUAAGCGGCUAACACAAUCCAUUAGUCAUAAUCCGUUCUAUGAUAUUUUAGUACAAAGAAAGAAAAAAGCUUUAAGUAAAAGUUAGUAUUAGCUUUACAACAUUGCAAUAGGAACACGAAGAACAACAUUUAAAACAACAUCAGUGGCAUCCACAACUAUUAUAUUAACCAAAAGAACAGUAACAAAAACACACCGAGCAUACCACUGUCAUUUUUCAUUUUAUUUCUACAUCAACUUAAAGGUAUCAGCUUUUUAGAGCGAAAACAUUCAGCAAAAGGAACUCUUCGAAGCGAAUUGAAAACAACAACAAAAACCAAGUGCAAAAAGAAAAUAUUAUAUAAACUUUAAUAUUAGUUUUAUUAUUUUUGUAGUAUAGUUACAUAUGUGUAAAUCCUUAAUUUUAUUGUAAUUCUUUUUUUUUUUUUUUGGGAUCUCAUAUGAAUUUUGAAUACCAUUUCUCCAAUGUACACGACACACGAAAAAAAAAAAUCAAAAAUACGCAAGAAACCACCUUAUGUUAGCAAAUGAAGCUGGAAAAUUGUCAUAUUUUUAUGUUGUAAUUGUUUUUGUUUGUUUUUUUUUUCUCGUAAAUAAUUGAAAUAACUUAAUGUUUUGUUACAAAGCCUUACUUUACUUAAAGAAAAAUAUGUGUAAUUGAAUCGCACACAUUUGUCUAUUGUCUGAAUUUAUAUUUUUCCAUAAUUAUUAAUUCAAUUAUACCGUUUUGUUCAUAUAAAAUAUUUCUCUUCCUUGCUUUAAUUGUAUUGUAUUUGGUGUUACUAUUAUUUUUUCGUGUAUUGAAUUCAAUGUCGUCCUUUAUAUAAAUAUUAAAUAUUAUUUUCCACUAUUGUUUAGCAAUUAGUUUAAAUUAAAUUAAUUGCCAUUCUCUUUUUGAUAUUGUUAUGUUCUUAAAAAUAUUCUUCGAACUUUAGAAAAGGUCUUUAGAUAGAAAUAUUUCUCGUAAAUAAAAAGAAAACCAAUUUGUAUUUAAAAAGAUAA